AUGAGUAAAGAAACUAUUGCAUAUAAAUUCUGGCAUGAAUUUCAGGAGGAAAGAUCUGAGAUUCAAAAUUCCAUCAAGGAAUUAUCAAAAAAACCAAAGCCAUCAAUUCCUACAUUAUGUGAAAAUUUGCUACAACGGAUAGAUGAACUUGAAAAGAAAGCUACAGACGCAACUACAUUUUUACCAGCUUAUGAUCAAAGACAAUCUCAUUUGCAAAUCAAAUCAUUAAUAGAAGAACUCAAUAUACAAAAGUCUUUAUUGGCACCAAAAAGUAAAUUUUCUUUUAAAUCAAAAAAAGCAGCAAUAGAAUCAAAGAGCUCUUUAAAUGAAGAAAAAUCAGCAUCCACUGCUGCAAUCUCUACUUCUACCACUACCACCUCUACUGAUACUGAUGCAACUACUAAAGUUAUUGAUGAAGACAAUUUUCAAACUGUUGUAUUAAAUAAUCAAGAAAAUACUUAUAUUGAUAUUAAUUCAUUUUCGCUAAAUAAUAAAAUGGUUGAUUUCCAAUUUUCCAAUUUAAAUAAUUGUAUUAUAAAUCUCUUUAAUUCUAAUAUAACAAUCGGUGCCAUCAAUAUUAAAGGAUUAAGAAAUACUAUUAUAAUGUCAGGUCCAGUUGGAAGUUCAAUAUUAAUUUAUGAUUGUGAAAAAUGUAUUUUUUUGUUUCGUAUGCACACGUCAAAGCAAAUUUCAGUAUAUCUUCAUGUUACAAGUAAUCCGAUAAUUGAAGAUUGUGAAAAAAUUCAGUUUGGAUUUUAUGCAUUAACAACAUUCCCUGAAUUAGAUAAAAUGUUUGAGACAGUAAAAUUAGAUUUGAAAAUUAAUAAAUAUGAUAAAGUUGAUGAUUUUAAUUGGUUGAAACAACAAGCUUCUCCAAAUUGGAAAAUCAUUUCACCAGAGCAUAUAAUAGAAAAAUGGCCUUUAGUUAAUAAUGAUAACAAUAUAAAUGUUGUAGAGACUAUUGAAAAUCUUUUAAAAUCUCAAGAAUAUUAA